AUUUCCCGACAAAGAACAUUCCUGCUGGAAAACCAGGGUUAAAAUAUAUGUAUAGUCAUUCAGCGGAAACCAAGCAAGUGUGCUUAAUUUAGUAACACAUGGGGAAUUCGUAAACCGAAAAUAGACCCAUUCACAAAGAGAUGACAGUGUAACAUCUUGAAUCAUUGGGAAAAUAUCUGUUGAAGAGUCAAAAACAUGGGCGACAAGUAUUACCGUCUUGUCAGCCUUUUGGUAAACAUAUGUCCAGAGCCUUUGCGAGAAUUGUUCUUGACACAAGCAAAGGCUGACCCAGGUACAACAUACACAACGCUGGAUUCAUAUCUUGUGUACAAACGUCAUCAACUGACACAGCUUAUACUUAAACACAAACUUAGACAGGACCAGUUCGAUCUGCUUUUUCCAACUUCCGGUGCUAAAUCAGCACAUGUUUCGCAAUGGGACAUUUCCUUGCUGUCCUUGAUUAUUACACAUUUCUUUGGUAACGCACUUCAGAAAAACACCAGCUAUUACAUCAAUGAACUUCGAGAUGUUAGAAACAUUGUACUACAUAUGUCAAGCACCUCAGAUAUGAGUGAUUCGACUUUCGAUGAUACAUGGCAACGUUUAGAAACCGCUACACUGUUUUUAGCUAAUCAACAUGGAGCUGCAUAUGGGAGUCAAAUAAAACAGAAAAUAAAUGAUGCCAAAUUAAACAAUAUGCCAGAUCUUGGUAACACAUUAUGUGUAUGGUUUAACGAAAGAAUUUCGCAAAUGCAAAGUGGUGUUGUAGACAUUUCAAAAGACACAAAGGAUAUUCAGGCACACGCUAGCGAAAGUGUAGCAAUUCUACGCAGUGUAACCAUUAACAAAACAGGACCAGCAGGAGAUAAAGUGAAGAGGAUGAGGACAGUUGAUCAAAAGCUGAAGAGAAUGCAAGAUAGUUUUGAAAGAACGAUGAACACAGAAAUUCCAGAUAACUUUGAUGCUCCUCCAGAAAUAGAUAAAAUUAAAACAAAGCUUCGAGACAGUCACUUGGUGAUUGUGGCGGGUCAUUCUAGUAGCCUUUAUCUGGCAACUGCCCUCACAGCUGUUAAAGACAUAGAUUAUAAUGUGAAACGUUGUGCGGAGAUGCAGUGCUUCUCUGAGUGGAGUCAUAUUGACCCGGAGGAUGUAGAUUUCGUACUCUGUUGCUAUCCAUUUGGAAGGGACUCUUACGAUGAAGAAAAAGCCAAAGGUAUGGCAGGUAUUUUCAGCAGUGUACAAGAGACAGUGAAAGAGGAAUGUGAUGAAAAGAAACUCGAUGUUCUAAUUGCCACAGAUAUUGGAAUUUUGAACGAGUUUAAAGAAAAGCAUUAUCAUGAUAUUCUGGAAGACGUAAUCACACUAUAUCACUCUACAAGUGAAGCUCAACCAGCUGAUCUUACAGUGGCUAGAUGCACAUACAACUGUUCUCUAUCAAUCCCUGCCUCAACUCAAACUCUUAUAGGACAAACAGAGAUGUUCCUGAAACAUUACGAGAUUCCUAAUAGACAUGUCGAUCCAAGUAUUAUGAGGGGAGCUAAAACAGAGUUUAAGGCUCAUAAAUCAGUGGUGCUGACUGGACCAAGAAAAAGUGGUAAAACCUCCCUAGCAGUAGAGUUAGCAGCUUCCUACAAUCCACUCCAAGUUCUUCUUCUGGCAUACCCUGAACAGGUUCAACAUGUAGAUCAUAACAGAACACAUCUUAUCAUCAUUGAUGAUUUUGCUGGGAAGUACGGAUUCGAUAAGAUCCAGAUCUGGAACUGGUACAAAACAUUCGAUCUUCUGCAUAUCAUGAAAACUGCUGGAAAACUAAACAUAAUUAUAACUUGCGACAAGCAGCAGCUAGAAAAAUGCAUGAAUGAAAUUGGUCCUCAUCCACUUCUUGAACACACAAUGGAGCUCCAUCGCCAAAGCAUUCUUGUGAAACAAGAGAUGAGUUCAAAUUUAGACAGUGAAAGCCAAACAAGACCCAUUACUGAAGAAACUGUUGCUACCCAAGAUAGAUCUUACUAUUUUGAAAGUGAUAGUCCUUCAAAAUCCAAAGCAACGAGAUUAACAUCUGUUGACAGAAAGAAUGUAUGCUUCAAUCUUAGAAAUAUCUUUGGUAAUCAUCAAGCAAUCUAUUGUGCAAGUAUGUGCUUUACCAAAGAUAAGUCUAUAUAUGCUGCCGUUAAUACAACCCACAUGUAUAUAACAGAUUAUCACCAUUACUUAGUCUACCAUGACAAGAACACAAAUAGUACAUCCAAAUAUGCAGUGAAAGAUGAUAUUAACAAAAUGUGUUGUACAAGUUCUGGUGAUAUUGUUACUGUUUUAAACCCAGGACCAUUCUCAAACGUUGUAUCUUCGUGCAUAAAUGUGCUAAGAAUCACUGACGGUUCAGCAAUUGUGAUUAAGACAAUGUAUCCUAAAGAACUUGUGUACUGUAGAGCUCUGACAUGUGACGAUGAUGAUAAGAUUUAUAUGUUGGGGUCUGAUGGUACAAUAAACAUAUUGAAUACCAACCUGGAUACAACACUUCAGUGCAGAUUAUCAAUAGAGCCAAAUUCAUAUCGUAACUCUGUUGUUAGCCCAAAUGGACACAUAUUUAUCAAUACUGGUACAGGUCUUCUGUAUGAAAACUUCAAUAGUAAAUCCAGAAGUGAGAAUGAGCAUGACUACUUACUUUCAAGUUGCACAUGUGCGGCCAGUGAGGAGCCAUACACUAUAUUUGUUAAAGAUUAUAGAUUGAACAGACUUGACAUGUACAACACAAACUGCGAGAAAAUCUCAGAAAUUCCUUUUCCAUUUCCUAAUAUGGUCAUAUAUCACAUGAUGUUUGAUGAGGCAUGUUCAAGACUGGUCAUUUAUGAAGGAGAUUCUAAGAAAAUGUAUGAAAUAUUUCUUAAAUAAACAAUGUUCAAACUACACAAAAUGGCCGGCAAAAUUUUAUUAAGUCUAAGUACAAAUAUUUCCCAUACACAUUUUACUUACGAUUUUGUCAACAGAAAGCAUAGACAGUAAUCACCAAAAUGUUAAACAGGCCUUGAUUGAACCUUUAUGAUUUGAACACCCGAGAAAAGUAAACACGCAACAUCCAUUUUUACCUACCGUCGAAUAAACUCUUACUCGGAUGAAUCUUACUUAGAUGCGCAUAAUUACGAUUCGAUCAUCGGUAAAGAAUACCGAAUAUUCGUUUAAGUCUUUUGGUUAUGAAUAAAUUGACCAAGAUGCUCAAUUAUAAGAAAGUGUGUUAUUUUUAUUUUGCAAAACUAGGGUGUAUAUUAAUAGCUUAGAAGUUUUGUUUCAUUGUUUAUUCAAAAUAAACUAUGGGCUCAGCAGUUAACUUUUGUAAAACCUUAACAUUUUCAUGCAGAAGGACACCAAGAGAGCACGCAUAUUUACUAUAAUAGUACUAAGUAGGAUUUCAGUUACAACAGUAAGAGUGUCAUUUCAGAGAUUGUUGUAAUAAAAGAGCGCAGUAUGUUCAGGUUAUACAUGUACAUUGUUUUGAGAGAGCUUAAGAUUUUUAUUCUGUAAGGAAAUAUCAUGCUUUCACAUAUCUAAGCCAGGCGGAGAAUAUUAAUUUAAAUAUUGAACCAGUCAGUGUUCAGAAGGAGUUAAUGUAUGUGUUUAAUUUCCAAAAUGAAUAUUCAAAGUUAUAUUUUCCGCUAAUUAAGGAGCCUGAGAACUUAUCAUUAAAUUGUGAUGAUAUUUCUGCAGUUUGAACUGGGCAAGAGGAUUGCAUCUACAGGCAGAUCUUGAAAUAUGACAAUGCAAUUGCGAGUUUUAAUCGGAGUUUGUGAUUUUUAUCCAUUCAGACUCCCGAAAUAUUUUUGUAUUUUGCUACUGGUGACAUUUUGUGACUACCUCAUAGCUCUUUAAAAACUUGAAAGUAACAAAUGGCUAGAUUAGAGCCACCUCUGGAAGGAUUAUUUUCAUCAUUUUUGACUGCUGCUUGUGGCACUUUUAGACUACCUCAUACUAGUUUAUAUAAAACUUUUAGGAUAUCUUACUAGUAUUUAUGUGGAAAUAAGAAGUGGCUAGAUUCGAGCCAUCACUAGGGUGAUUUAUUUCAUCUUUUUUGACUAAUGUGACCUAUUUUGUAUGAGUAUUUUCACUUACUUAUAUAAAGAGGUUUGUAAUAUAUUACAACGUUUCAUAACGGAAUGGUGUAUUGACAAAGCAUAUUGCUGUUUUGCAAGACCUAGCAACCACGCCACAGUGUGUAAUGAGGUGUAUAUAUCAUACUACGAUCAAACCACAUAACAUAAUGAGGUUUGUACAGAACAUAACGGACAAAACACAGAGCAUAAACAAAGUUUCACUUGUUUAGUUUUAAUUUAUUAAUAGUUUUGUAUUACAUUUGAAUGUAUAUGUCCUUACAGUCAUCGUAUCCGUAGUCCGUUGUAUCAUGUCUAUACCCUGUGAUCCGUUGUAUUAUGCUGUACUCCAUGUUUGUUUUAUCGUGUCCAGCCAUGUGUCUAGUUGUGCAUAUAAAUGUGUUAUGUAAGAGAGUAAGUAAGUAAGUAACGACUUUAUUUAACGAGGCUGCACAUUGGAUGUCCCCAUCUACCACGUGGGCCUCAACACGGAGAGAAUACGUUUUGACCGAUCAGCCAUGGUUUCUCCACGAAUAACAACUUUUUGGCGCGGACUAACAUUUGCAGGCCCCUCUAUACAUCAUUCUUGAGAAUCGGUUCAUAGUGACCACAAGUUCUUGUUUUAGCUAUUUUAUUGCAUUUGUAUUGUUUUUGUAAACUGUCCAUGCAACUGGAAAUCGUACUUCAUAUUUAUUUAAGUGUACAAUACUUAGAUGUAUCUGGUAAGGUUUGCUAUUGUUGUAUUACAAUUAGAAUAAUUUCAUGUUCCUGAUUUUUCUAUUUUAUGUUUUUAUGUUUUCUUUGUACGUACUAUCCUGGUAUUGUUUUCCAAUAAAUGGAAAAAUUACAACCUGAUU